UGGGGAAGGUGGGGACUGUGGGAAAGAGGCUCCGGAGGAGGGCCAGAGCUGGCUGCUCCUCCUUCUGAAGCGGUUUUGCACCUCUUUUCCGCUAGCGGCGUCAGGCGGCGUCAGCGCUCACGUAGGGGCGGGUCACGGCAGCGCAAAGCGGUGCUGGGCGGGAAGGGAGGUCGUGGCGGUAGCCGCGUCUGCGGGGACAACAGCGACAGCGGCGGCCCCAGGGACAGCAGGAGCAGCGGUGCUGUCAGUUAGGCCGUCGGAGAAAUGGGAGACCCAGGGUCAGAGAUAAUAGAAUCCGUUCCUCCAGCCGGGCCUGAGGCAACUGAGUCCACAACGGAUGAAAAUGAAGAUGACAUUCAGUUUGUUUGUGAAGGACCACUGAGACCUGUUCUUGAAUACAUCGACCUGGUCAGCAGUGAUGACGAAGAGCCUAGCACCUCUCAUAGUGAUAGAAUGCCUGAGUCUAAGGUGCCAUCCUCUGAGAAUCAUCGCCCAGAAAUGUGCUCUAGCUGCAGUGUUCCUCUUCCCAUUGGAAAGAGCAGCUCCUCUGGGAGUUGCACCAGCAGUCCACAAAGGAUAGUUUUUCAACCUUCUUCUAUUGAGAACCUAUUGGAGAACCAGAAAAAUGAUCAAAAUAAUUCAGAUGUUAAGAUCUCUGAGACAGAGACACUUAAGUCAUCACAAAAUUAUCAGACUCUGCCUUCAUCUCCACUUUUGGUCCCCCAAGAAUCUUUGGUCUCUUCCGAGGUCAAGGAGGAUUUAUCUCCAGAGUCUUCUUCACCACAGCAUGGACAGGAUGCCAUCCUCUAUCUCCAGACACAAGUGGCUGAGAUGUCCCGAGUGAUACGUGACCUGCAGUCUAGGAGUUGUUUCAGAUUUCAUCAUUCUAGGCCAAGUGAGAACUCCUCAGUACCUUGGGACAUCACCUCCAAGGAAGAAAACUUAUCCACAGUUGAAGAAGAAGCUGACUGCAAAUCCCCUUCAGCAGAUGACAAAGGGCAGCCAGCUGACCCCAGUCAGACUAGUUUCACAGGUCUUUUGAAGAGAAUGGAACAGAGAGGUGUUAUAAAGAGAGUAACGUUACAAUCUGAAGGAGAAUCAUGUGAUGGGAAACCUGAUUGUGUGACCUCUAAAAAACGUUUGGUUCCUCCAUUGCAUCCUCUUCUAAGAAUUGCCACCACUGAGGUUUUUAAAGACCCAGCUGAUUGCCAUCCUUCUUCUUUCAUGGGACACAGGGUUUAUCCUGUGGCCAAGGAUACCUCUCCUUUCCAACCAAAUCCUCCAGCUGAGGGCCCCAUUGUAGAAGCUUUAGAGCAUAGCAAAAGAGGAAGCACAGCAUCUCCUCUAGAUUCUACCUCAAAAGAAAUGGAGGUCAUGGGUUGUAGAUUCUACCAUGCUGCUUCCAUUGCAGCCCGAGCUGCUAGCUACAUGGCCUAUAUGACUCAGUAUCAGCGUAAACUCUGGGAAGACAUGGAGGAUCUGGUUCAUGACCCAGAGUUUGAUCGUGGAAAAGCAAGAUGUAUCAUAUCUGAUGGUAUGGAUGCAGGCCUUUGGCAGCUUUGUACCACUAGGGACAUAAUGGACUCUGUAGUCAGAGUUAUGGCAAUGGCAGUCGACUACAGAAGGCAAGCCUGGCUCCGACUUACAUCUCUCACUAAGAAAACCCAGGAAAAGAUCUCACACUUGCCUUUUGAUGGCACUUCCCUCUUUGGACAAGAUGUGAAUGCUGUUGUUGCAGAAGAAAGCAGUAUAAAAGAAAAUGACUAUAAAGACCACAGCAAAUACUAUAACCAACAUCGAUAUUUUUAUGGUCACGAUCAGAAAGUACAUUAUCACAGCAGAGGGUACUCCAAAGGGGAUUGGUACAAACCCCGAAACCAUCCCUAUAGAUACAGGAAAAAGGGAGAAUCUCCAGAACGCCAUGGGUACAAGAAUUAGUAGCCUGAAUUUCAGCAGUAUAGCCAUCCAACAUCCUAAGUAUUUAUUUGCUCUUCCUGACUUACACAGGAUUUACAGCUAGGAGGUCACCUCCAAAACUGAAUGAAUGUCUAGAAUUACCACAGCUGAUGUUUAAAUUCUAGACUUUUGGAAUGAAGUAUAUACUAAAGAUAAUCGUCUUUUAUUGGCCAAAUGAGCAGCAGAGACUUUUCAUCUGAGUAGGGUGGGACGAAGAUUUACCCAUCACUUCUGGUUCAGAGUAAGCCCAGAGGAAGGUACUCAGGAAUCUGAAUCCUCUUGUGAUUACAGAAAAAUAUAAAGAUUUGUUCCUCAGGAAAAUCUUGCUGGUAAACUGAGGACUAGCAGAUUUUGGGUCUGGAAAUAACCUACUACUUACUGGAUCUCUGUGUAACAGAGGCAAAUCCUUUGUUUUUAGGUCAUCAGUACUUCCUUGUUCAGGCUUCACUUGUCAGAUCUUCACAAAAUGACAAAUCUGUUAUAAUCUGUCUAUAUCAGGAUGAUCAACUCACUAAGAGUCCAUGCUACUCUCAAGCUCUAUGAGACUUCACAUCAACCAUGAAGCUGUAUAUCUAGAACUGGAAUUGAGAUAUUGCCAAAUCCAGUUUGCUUCUAGUGGAAUGACUAGACGUCACAGGUCUGCUGUGGGCACCAGCUGGAAAAAUACUUUUCUACCUGUAACGUCUCUAAAAAUUUCACAGUAACUAUCUUCGUCAAGACUGAUGGCUAUAGUGCCAUCACCACUUCAAGUUAUGUAUGAAGGAAUUUUUUGCCCUUAUCACUCAUAAGCCUUUGACCUGUCAGGCUCUCAUAUCCACAAACUGGGAGACCCAGUAAUGGUGUUCUGUCAGGAUAAUCUGGAACUUUUACCAAGAUGACCUUCUAAAACAUCCACCUUCUAAAUAUUUAACUUUUUUGAGCUUGAUAAAUACACUAUAAAUACAAAAAAGAUAAUGUACAUUGGUGCCCUGGAAGUAAAGGAUGUUAUUCAUACCAUCCAGGCAUGCAAAUCAACUCUUAAAAGAGCAAGAAUUCCAAACAUGCCUGACAAUCCAGUCCUCUUACUAUAAUAAAGAUGGAUGCCAUCAAUCGAUGUUACUGAGAAAUCCUUAAGACUUGGAGUGUAACAAUGGAUGCAGUAAAGAGAGUAUCUCACACAGUUCUGGUUCUGGAUAUCUAUUUAAAUGAUGAUAUCCAUUAAUUGAUUUCUUAAAAUCUAAAAUCAAGACUUCAGAGACAUCUUGGUUUAUUGGUUCCUAAAUCUAGUCAGACUCUUACAAUGAGAGAUGACUGACUGUUUUGCUCUCAAUUGGUUCAAUUAAUAUUUCUCUACCGUCCUGGAACUAGCAGCAGAUACCUCAAUUAUAUGUCCCACAAUGAUCUUUUUAAUGUCAAGGCAGUGGCUGUACUAUAUAUCAGCCCUUCGACCUUGUCUUUGUAGCAUGACUUCAGGAAUGGAGAAACUUGUCAAGUUUGUAGGAUCUGGAUACAUGGCCUAAUAUUAUUUGCUUGGAAAUCAAAAACAUUUUUUUAUCAGUAGACUUAUAAUUUUGUAACUUGUCAAACAUCUACAGUUUUUCAUCUGCUUGAUCAAAGUACUUUGGGUAUACUGUUAAUGGAAUGUAACACUGUUUUAGGAUUCAUGUGGUUUCCAUUUCUUGGUAUAGUUUUUGCACAGUGGUGAUUGACAGUUUUCCUUGUGCCCCACUUUUUAAUAGUUUAUUGGAGUCUCAUUCUUCCCAUCAUAACCAUAUUCAGAAACAAAUUUGUGCUGUAGAGGUUGAAGAGGCAAAUAUCCCUACUUGGAAUAAGUUAUUUUGUUAGAUAAGUUGAUACUGUAUUGGUCCUGUUUGUAGAUUAAGCCUAAUCUACAGUCUUUGAUAGAGAUCAUGUUGCAAAGUAGGUUAAGUCAUAUCUACAGUUAACAUUUAUCUUUAUUUUUUCUAUAUUUCCAUAGUUUUCUAAUCUUUUAGGUCCAUGCCAGUGCUAUAGGCACUGUCUUUCAAAUUGAACUCUAGAAGAGCAUUUCUCCUGUAAAGAAACAAGGGCCUACAAAAUCAUACAAAGAUUUUUAUAGUCCAUGAGUUGUCCCUAGUUUAUUCUGUGAAAGAACUAGUCACUGGAGAGAGAGGAAGACCUUGAAACUUUUCUGUUUGGCUGCACGUGCAUAUUAAAUUAGCCGAGGCUACUUUAAACUGCUUCUGCUUUUCCAUUUCUCUCCUUCCCUGACUUAAAUACUGGGUCACAAACUUGAUGGUCUUUGAGGUACUCUGAUUUUCCAGAAACCAAACCAAAAUAAAUGAUGCUUGAAGGUAUGAUUCUCUGAAACGGCUUUGGCACCUCUGCUUAAUAUGCUUCUCCUCUGUAAUUUUUGUAUUUUUUAUUGUGGUUUAGAAAAAGACAACUUAAAAUUUACCAUCUUAAACCAUUUUCAACUGUACAGUUCAAUAGUGUUAACUAUAUUUACAUUGCUUUGCAGCUCCUCCUUUCUUAAAUAUUUCUAAAACAACAUUGCUAUUCUCUUCCUCCUGUGUUAUAUUGCUCAGUAACAAAGCUGAACACAUUGCUUUAUCACUAAUGGAUAUGUCCAACCCUCUCCAGAGAAUUUUCCUAAAAGUAAAGAGGUAUUGGGAAAUUACUAAAUUGAUGAUCAAGUAGCUCACUUCUGAAGGCAUUUGAUAAUUGAAUGGGGAUAGGGAGAAAAUACUACAGAGUUGGGACUGGUUUUAGCUAUAAUCUCCUGACGACAGAAGAAACAUUAUCCUUAACCUGUUUGGUUUUUAUUAUUUUAAAGUCUUUCUCUGACAUACUUGAAUUAUAAUGGUGUUAUAAAACUAAAAAUGAGGGCUUUGUCUAGGGAGACAACCCCAACAGUGUGUGGAACUCAUAAUUGGUCAGAUAGUAAGUUUUCGUAUCGUGCCUGCCAUGUGCAGAGCCUGUAACAAAGUGUUCCAUUAGCCAACCUUGUACGUUUAAAUACGAACAGGUUUUCUAGGAGGCCUUGCAAUUAUUGCAAGUUUAAUAAUUUGGUAUUCUCAAAAGGGAUGUGUCUAAUAAUACUUUUUCUUAAAAAUGUUAUUUCUUGACUAGACAUAAAAUGUAUGUGGAGACAAUGUGAUUUCUUGUAGUUAAUGUGUACAGAGAAAUACUGUUUCCAUUAAUUGUUACAUGAAGUGCCUUUUUAAAUUUCACACUCUUGUUUAAAAGUUAACAUUUUGAUGUUUUGCAUAUGUUGCUAGUGAUACGUGAAUUUUGUACAGUAAUUUUUAAUCUUGUAGUUUAUUCAUUUGUACAAUUGCACUAUCUAAAUGUACUCUCCUUCUGAAUGUUCGUUUUCUUUAUAGCACUGUUAAUGCAUUUCAGAAGGUUAUAGAGUAUGUCCCUCCUUUAUUUAAAUAACUUCACAGUAGUAAAUGUUAGUAAUAAUAGUGAUUGGGUCAGUUUUGGGGGCAUUGAGGUGGGUUUUGUUUCUAUCUGUAGAUUCUAGGCUUUUGACUGAGUCAUUUGUCUCAUGCAGCCAUAGUAGAAUAAAAUUAUAUUUGAUAAGUGGAUCUGCUUAGUUGGUAAGAAGAAACAAGGACAUUAGGAAAAAGGAGUAAAUUUGCUGACACUUUAUCUUCUUAUUUGUUUAAGACUGUGUAACCACUUCCUUAUCACUGUAACUGCACUUCAACUUUUUAAAAUUGUGUGAUAGCUCCUUUAUCAGUAUAAUUCCAGUAUUUACUUAGCCCUCAAAAUGACAUUUGAGGGGAGCAUAAACUCUUUCAGGCUACUUGGAUACUAAUUAGUGUAUUACAUUAGUACUGUACAGGUAAUUUACUUAAUGAUACCUGACCAUAUUGAUAAUGUCCUUAAGGUCCCAGUACAUCCAGGAUAACCUUUUAAUUACUAUAAACAAGGAGGUUGCAAUAGACACAAUCCAGAAUUGCUUCUGGCUAUAAAAUUGGACUCAGUUGAAUGCCAUAUUAGUAUUCUUGAAGAUACAAUUAAUUGACUGGUUCUAAUGAUACUAGAAAUUAUGGAUUAGAUCUUUGUUGAAAGAGUUUUAAAGAUUACAGUAACUGAAACCUUUUUUUUUUUUAAAUGUGAGGCAUAUUUUGUCUGUGACUUGCACUGUUUAGGUUUUCUCAUCCUUGGAAAUUUAUUUUUUACUUGAUGUUAGCGGCUAGUCCAAUUAGUUGUCAUAACUGUAUACGUUUUUUGUAUAUUUAUUAGUCAGUUGGCCAGAUCCAUUCUGUAUAGUUUUUCAUUAGUGGGUACACAAACCGACCAGUUUUUCAUUUUUCACUUAGGAAAAUGUAUAGGUGGAAGCUAAUAGUAUACUGAUGAUGAUCAUGGCAUUGAAUGCAAAUCUUUCAGUUAUUUUUUCAGAUAGACCAAGUUUUGUAAGCCAUUAAAAUAUCCUUUUAUGGAAUUUCCCUUCCUAGUAAAUGAUGAGAAUAUUGUUUUAUUAAAUCUUUUUUCUCUUAUAGAUUAGUGGGAUGAUAUUUUUGUAUAACUUUGUCUUUUCAUUUGCUUGACUUUAUACAAUGAGAACUUUUUAAUAGUAGUGUUUGGUAGCACUGAGGUAUCUUAUUGUGGGAAAUUAUGUUUGCUUCCAGUUGGAUCUGUCUGGAAGUCGUCCCAGUUCCACUGUGUCCUUUUGGUGUUAGCAGAUUGGUCCAUUCUUUGUAUUGUUCUUUUCUCUCUUUUUAUAAAACACCUCUUUCUAGAAGGAUGUCUGAUCUUCCUUUAAUCUCUUCAAUGUAGAUUAAAUUUUCCAUUCUGCCAGUAUAAACUAGCCAAAAUUUUGAUGUGGCUUUAUAUUUGUAUAUUUAAAUAUGAUGCCUUCAGCAUUACUGUAGGGGAUUUUCUAGUUUUGUCUUAAUAAUGUCCCUAAAAAAAAAGUACCCUGUCCAGUCUCAACCUGUUCCCUAGCUAUUGAGCUGUUGAAUUUUCAUCAGUUUUUAAUGCUUUCUUGUUUAAUGAUAGUAUUAUUUUCUCAUUUUUACAUAUUCACACAAAUGUAUUAUUACAUAUAGUUUAUGGUCAAGUGCAUCUUUUCUCUGUAUAAAGAUUUUUAGGCUCUUCACCAUGAAUUUACAGUACAGCUUGAGAUAUACUGUAUCUUAAAGUUAGCCAAGUUUUCCAUGGGUUGGAAGGGCUUUAAUGGUUUUGUUGAGUAACUGUCUAUUUCAAAUGUUCUAUUAGAUUUUCUCAUGCCUUGUUAAGAAUUCAUAAGAGUUCUCAGGUUGUCUGUACUUUUAGGACUUUGGAGCUCUCUCAAGUUGUAUCGAGUUUUCAAAUAUACCUGAGUAUAUUCCUUGGUAGAAGGUGAAGGUAAAUGUUUUAUACCUGGUGAUAAUUUUUAGAGUUCUCCUUUGACUUUAAAUACUUAAAGUGUUACUAUGAGUUCUGUUAGCUGUCCCUUUAUAAGACUAACUUUCAUAUGCUAUGUUUUCCCCAGGAGCUGUCGUAUGCUUUCAGGUUUUUUUCCCAUAACCCAUAAGAGUGGUUCUAUCACAGUGUUCAAUUUUAAGGGCUACAAUUAGAUCUCUUGUUAACUCCCAUUUAUAUCUAUGAUGGCUGUGUUUCACACUACCUUGAAUUAUAGUGUAGUAAUGUGCUAAAAUAACUUAUUACUUGUGUGGUCUCUUUAUCUAUACCACUUUUAGUUAUUGAAGCAACAAGGAUGUAAAUGAUGGGGAAAAACAUUUUUUGAUUCACUGGUUUCAAGUUUUCAGUUCUAUUUUUUUUAACAUUUAUUUACAUUAAGCUUCUUGCUGUUAGGUGUGCAGCCCAUUCUUUUCUAUUUCAGGUAGAGUAUGUUGAUAGUUAAUUUGUAAUUAGUCUCAUUUAGAAUCUUAGCGCAGAGUGCUAAGUGCAUGAAUGCCGGUCUUUGUUUAAUAGCUUGUAACAGCACCUAAUUUCUUUUACUUUUGGCAAAAAUGUAUUUUGACAGAUCUUGGAAGCACCUUGAUAUCCUUGGGUCUAAAUGUCAUCUUCCUGCCUGGCAAGGAAGUAGAGGAGAGAGCCUUCAUUUAUAGAGCUUAUUUUUACUAUACCCUGUGCUAAUUGCAAGACACUCUUGAGGCAGAAAUUCACCCUUAUUUUGCAGAUGAGGAAAUGAAAUUUACCAAUAAGCAACAUGCUCAAAUGGUGGAAUCGAACUUUGAAUAUAGAGUCUGCUCCUUUGUAGUCUCAAGUCAACAUUGUACUAGGCUGCCUCCAUGUGUUUUUCAGGGUCCCACGCAAGUCUUACCUCUCUGAUAAACUAAUUUGCCAUAUACUAAUCUAUGUCUUCCGUGAUAUACACUGAUUUUUGAUAUAUACUAAAUCUUGUAGUAUUUAUGUCUGUACUCUCAUCACUGAGUACUUGAUGUCUUCUAUUAACUAAUUUUUGGUUAUUUCACUCAUUGGAUUAAAAACUCUAACAUCUUAGUUUUCCCAUUGAGGUUUUAUAGUGCUGGACUAAGAUUCUUGAUGCGUAGUCAUUGGCUGCUCUUUUCUGUGUUGCUUACUUGCAUUCCAUUUGUUUUUAGCCCUGAAUGUUUUAGUCAUGAUUGUCAUUGCUAGUUUUUUUUUCUUCUACCUUUUUUGUUACACCCGUUUUGUUUGAGAUAUACACUUGAACAUUUUUUUUACGGAUAACGUGAGGAUAUUGGCCUAUUGGAAGGAAGGUGGAAUGAUGCAGAGCACAUUGUGUUUGAAUUAUAAACACCUUGGUCUGAGUACUAACAAGUCACUAAUUUUCUGAGCCUGUGCUUUCCUACUCUCAAAUGAGGCAGUGCCCAGAAGUACUUUGAAAACUUGGAAGCCUAGUAUUGAUUUCCUUCCUUUAGUAGUUAUGCUGUUUCUAUCCACAUUCAUAGAUUUCUUGUAACCGUGGGAUGGUACUGGAUACAAAUACAGAUGCAUUUCAAGAUGUAUUUAAUAGCAUGCAGUAGUUUGUUUCAUGUCAUCAGAUCAUGUUCUCCUUAUUUACAGUAUUUUUUUAAGGCUGAACCAUUAAACUAUAUCAUAAACCCAGCAGUGGACUACGCCAUUGAAAAACAUUUAAAGUAAAAUAGUCUCUUUUCUCAAGUGUAGGCUAGGAAAUGUUUGUAAUAAACAGUAAGAAAAAUAAAAGAGAAUAUAGACUGAAGAGCUAGGAUAUGUAGGUAUGUAUAUACAAUUUUUGGUGAAUGGUAUUUUGUCCUUUUGCAUUAAUGCUGGAAACAAUCUUUUCAUUUGUCAAACCUCUUUUUCAGUACUUGCCAUGUGUAGGCAGGUACUAAGUUCUUGGGAUACUGGCAGUUAAGAGAUGGUAUGUUAUCUUUAGAGAAAGAAAUGCCAGUGGAAGUAAUUAUGCUGUUAAGAGGAAGGCCUGUGAUGCACUUGGGACAGAAGAGAUGUCCAUGUAGAGGAGUCGAGGAAGGUUUUCUUGUGAAAUUUCUGAUUGAGCUGAUUGAACAUGAUCAGAUAAGGGUUAGUUGGAUUAGUGGAGAAAUGGGAGCCAGGCAUUUGGCGAAGGAAUCUGUGUGCAAGGGCAUGGGCAGCAUUGUGUUUCUGGUUUUAAAAUUAUUAAGAAACAGCCUUUAUGAGGCCAUAAUUGGAGGAGAUUAAGCUGAAGAAAGAUACAUUACCCAUGAAAACAUUGGUUCCUACCUAUUCAAACUGUUCUGUUGGUAUAGCCUUUACCUGUGUAAGGUUAUAGAAAUAGUCUUGUCUAUAGUAGUUGGUUUGCACCCUACUCCACUAUAUACAUCCAGAGCACUUAUUUUCUUACCUGCACCUAGCCAAAGGAGAGCUCUCAGUCAGUGCACCUCUAUCCCCAGGGACAGCUCUAGUGUUCAAAUAGAACUGAGGCACUGGUAGAGAACAACUUUGAAGAUGAACAGGAUCAUGUCACUGAAGUGGAAUGUGACAUACCAUUAUGGGUAUAUGGUUGCAUAUUUCAGGACCACCUAUUGGCAGUGUAUCCUCAUUGUAAGUAAAUGUGGGUGGUUUGUCUGUUGGCUUACAGAUGAAUUGGGGGUGGACUUGGGGAAAAUAGAGUUCUAAAAAUGUUGCUUCAUUGGAGUUUGGAGGUGUUGUAUUAAAGAAGGACCCGUGAACUUUGUGCCAGUGGUAACUCCAGCAGCAUCCAAAGCACAUUUUGCCAAAUCCCUGUUUUUUCUCUGGUUUGAGGUUUUUUCCUUGCGGCUGUUGUCACUGUCACCUUUUCUCUCAGCAUGAUUUAUCCUUUUAUUUCCUGUACCAGAGGUAGAGCAGCGGCAUUCAGGGUCAAAAAGUUGUGACUCCACUUUGCUUUGUUUUUCUUUAUUUUGAGAGAUUUUUUGAAUUCCUUGAAAAUCCAAGGAUACAUUUAGUUAUUUAUUUUAAACCUAUACUGAAGGAUAAUCAAAGUCAUUCUUUCAAGAAGGGAAUUUUUAUAGAUAUUGGCAGUUUACCCAAAAGACGAUACAAGAGGAAUCUUAUUUAACAGGCUCGAUGGUACUGUAGCCUUCUUAACUAAAUUACUUUACAGAAUGGGGUAUAUCUGUAUGUAUGUUUUUAAAUUUGCUCAUAUAAAGCAGUUAUUCUGUAUGCUUUGUAUUUGUAAACAAUAACAGUUGGGGGUGGGAAGGAGAUUGCUUUGUACAAAAGGGUCGUUUCCUGGUUCCAAAGGUUUGCUGCUGGAGAUGGUAAAUAAAUACUGUACUGCUUUGCUGUGUUCA